AUGAAGAAUUAUUCUACUUUUAGUGAUCAAGGUUAGUUUAAGAUUUUUUAGGAUUUUUUAAGUGAAACUUUUUGGAAUUCAGAAUUUUAUUGUUAGAUUUUUCGGGGAUUGGUGAUAAAAAAUAGUCAGAAUUCAUAUAUUCGAGAAAAAAUUUAGUUCCAAUCCAGAACUGAAUUUUUUGAGAUUUUCUGGAACAUUUUGAGAUGAAAAAUUUUACAUGGAACUUUUUCAGAUUUUAUUUUUUGGAAGUUUUUUUUUCAAAAAUUUUCAAAUUAGUCUCGGUUUUUUAAAAAACCAUACAUUCAAUUUAAAAUUAUCACAGCUUUUCUGAAAAUGUAUUUUUCACCUGUAAAAUUUUCCGGAAAGUCUGAAUUCUUUGAUCUGAAAAAAUGUCCUCAUAAGAAAAAAAAUUCAGAAAGUUUUGAAAAUUCUAGAUUUUCAUAUUUAUUCCAAGGCAUCUCCUAGUUUUCUUCAAGAAUCUUUAAUUUUGAAAUUUGAGUCACCAAUUUUUCAUUAAUGGAAUUCUUUGCUCAUUUCAAAAACAAAGUUUAACCAACAUUUUUCAUUUUUCUUUCAAAAUAAAGCACAAAAAUCAAUGCUCUAAUGGUGGAAACGAUUAUAAUUCAUUUUGAAAUGACAGACUUGUCAACUAUUUUCCGAUUUGUUCUCUCUUUAUGUUUUUCAUAUCUCCUCAUGAACGCACAAAAAGUGCAUCUGUGGUGAAAAGCGUUUUCAUCAUUUUCAUUUUCAUUUCACAAAGUCACAUGUCAUAGGUUUUUCGUUCGUUUGAAAUCCGAAGCCUCCUAACUUUACCCAACUCGUGAUGAUUGAGAAGUGUAUUACCAGUUGAAAAGAGGAACAUUGGACAAAAAAAACAUUGAAAACAGGUCUUUGUGGUAUGAGAAGUUCUGAGAAAAAUUGACUUCAGGAAUUUUAAACUUGUGUUUUUAUCUGAAAUUUUGAAAUUUUUUUAAAUGUCAAUAUUAUCUUGAAUUAUGGAAUUCUGAAAAAGUGAAAAUUGGGUUACAAUUUUGAAUUUUAAGAUUAUUCAAGCGGCCCAGGUUUUCGAGAAAAGUGGUUCGAUAUUCAGGCCCAAUUCGGAAUUUUUCUCGGACUGGCCUGAUUUUUUCUGUGGUCUCGAUUUCACUGAAAAACACCAGGAAUAAGUAGCUCAAAUCCAAAUGUGAACAUUUUUUCGAUAAUUUUUGAACUUUUUUUUCGAUCUGGAAAUUCUUUAAAAAAUUGCUUUAGAAAAUAAGCUAAGGAUAUCGAUUUACGUUCCUUUUUUUCGAAAAAUUGGGGUCAAAUUCAGAAAUCCUUUCUGAUGCUGUGCUUCAGAAUCUAGAUUUUGAUAUUUUUUUAAUUAUCCAAUUAGUACUGAAAAUGUACCUUGAUGCACUUUAGAGAUCCUAAAACUCAUUUCUGAUUCCUCCAAGCUGACCCAAACCUCCCCCCAGAAAAAAACUGGGCGGAUUAGGUGUCACGUAUGUACAUGUAACAAGAGCAGUUUUUAACGGACAUUGAUAUAUUUACAAAAAGUAUUUUAGCGCAUCAUUACAUAUUAUUUCCUCUCUUUUCUCCCAAUCUAUUCAUCAUUUCAUUUUCCUGUGAGCACUCUUAUUUUUCUUGUUCUUAUUAUUAUUGUUUUUGACAUUGAAAGGAAGAGAGAUGGCAAAAGUUCAUGGUAAGCUAGAUAAGCUUGAACAGGCGAACACACACACCGAAUGAAAAAUAAAAGUAUCCAAUAUCCAAUAGACCUCUUGUUAUUUCAUUUUGCUUGUUUUUGUUUCUAGGUAUGACAUCGUCUCCACCACCUCCUGAUUUGUUAUCGAUACCGGGAAGUGAGUCGAAGAAUGGUCGACCAAAGUUUAGUAGUGGAAGUGAGGAAUCGAUUCGUCUUGGAUCUCGUGUAACGUUUACUGAUCAAACUGUCUCGUUUGAAAAUGGUGAAGGGGUGAGUAGGGGUUUAGAGACAUUUGUGGGAUUUGAGUGAACUCGGUUGAAAGCUGAAAGGUGAUCGGGUUCUCGAUUUCCAAUUUUUAAAUUCUUUGGGCCUUUUAAACUUGAUCUACCCCCAGAAGAACACAAUUCUUCAGACUUACGCUAACUAGCAUGGAAUCUAGAAUAUUAAAAUACUCUUUCAAACAAAUCCUGAAGCGAUUCCUUUAACUUCAAAAAUACACAAACAGUAAACUUUUUAAAAAUUAUGAUUUCUGAAAAAUAUAAUUUCAGAUAAUUUUUCUAGUGUCAAAUUCUAAAAAAUGUCAGAUACAUUUUUUGGAUCAUUUCAACUCUCUGAAAUAUUUUAUUUUUCCAUAGAAAAAAUCUCUUUCCCGACCAAAACCCAGACCACCCAGUGUUUUUUGAUUCCUGCAUUCAUAAGUUUUUGAUGAAAAAUAUGCAUUGUCUGAAGUGCUCGAAAUAGUAAAAUCAUUUGACGAAAUCUCGUGUCUUUUUUCCUCCUCCAAAGACACACAAAAAAAGACUCAUCUGUGGAUGUACUAUGAAUGUAAUCAAAUAAAAGUGGCCACUGACACCUAGAUGGCCCCCGACUUUUUUUUGCUCAUCUCAUUUCAAAAUAAAUUGAAGCGGGGGAUAAAAUUGGGUGAACUUCUUCUUUUUUUUGCUUCUCUUGUCUUGUCAAGAAAAUAGACAAAUCUGAUUAGAACACAAUGUUGCUAUUUUUAGAUUGGGGAACAAUUAUUUUUCAAAAAAAAAAAGAAAAACGAAAAAAAUAAGGAAAUUAUAGAGUGCGAAAAGACCAUUAAAUAAUUUUUUAUGGUUUUCAGGAAAAUGGCUCGGGAGCUGUACGAUUUGUUGUUGAGGCUGAAAAUGCAGAUCGAGAAGAAUGGGCAAACAAGGUAUAUUUGAAAGGGGCUAUGCAGAUUAAUAUUUUUGGAAAAUAUCACAUGGUUUUUGGUUAAAGAAACGAAAACGCUGAGAGAAAUUCUUUAGUAGGAGCCGCCUCUACAUAGAAGUAGACUCUGGCAAGGAGCCGCGCCUUGAGAAUUAGCCGAGUCUAAUAAUUCUAGUUGUCAAGUAGCGACUUCUAGAGACUUCCAUUGUCAAGCAAUCGCGCUUAGACACAUUUUUGAACUUUUCCAGUUAUCAUGAGCACUUAGAGAACUUCAAAAGAAAAACUUCAGCCUUCAACAUUUUCGGACAGACUUUUCAUAAUCUUUGAAAGGACUAAUGUUUUUCAACACGUUUGGAAAUUUUAUUGCAAUAUUUGAGGCCCACACCUUGUUUCUUCUGUAGAACACAAACUAUAAAAAUUUCUUGGUAAAUUUCAUUAUUCCCAGAAAUAUUAUCCUGCAUCGGCCCAUUGUUCAAACACCAAAACACACAAAACAUAUUUUUUGCAGACUCAAUUCUACAUGGGCGUUGUUUCAUAUGCAGUCGGACUUGGAAACGUCUGGCGGUUUCCAUAUUUACUGCAGAAAAAUGGCGGAGGUUUGUUCGAAAGAAAUUCCAUUAUUAUUAUUUUUCUCAUUUUACUUACUCAUCGAGAAAAAGAAUGACUGGGAGACAGAAAGAAAUAAAAUAUAAAGAAAACUGAAAAGAAAAUAAAAAAAAUAGAAGAAAGGAAAAAAAGAAACAAAACAUUGGCGAGCAAACUUGUUUUUGUUUUUUUUUUCGUUAUAAUAAAACGACUAGGUUAAUCGUAGAUGAAAAAUGGAAAAAGACAACUAAUGAGGGAACCUUUUUUUAUUCAAGAAAGCUGAAAAUUUCAGCUUUCAACCUCAAAGCUGAUUGUGAGAGCUGUGUUAUUUUCAAAAAAAAAAAAUAAUUUUGUUAUCUGAAAAUUUUUUUUUGAAAAUCCUGUUCGUAGUAAUAGGACCAAUUCCAAAUAUUUUUAAAGUUCAAAACUUGAAGAUCUUCAAAAUUUUUUGUAUUCUCUCUGAAUCCUAAACUUCCCAGUUCUGAUUUUGUACUAUAUUUUUCAAAUUUGGUUUUUUUGAGUUUGAGUUACCACAAGUCCUUCAUUCAAAAUACAUUAUCAACAUUUUUAUAAUAAAAAUUCAGAUUAUUUUUGAACAAACUGAAAGAAAAAUUUUGUAACCCUGAAAUCCAGCAGACAAAAAAAUUCCCAAUAUUUUUUCCAGGAGCAUUCUUAAUACCAUACAUUAUAAUGAUGGGUUUGGGUGGACUUCCAUUAUUUUUGAUUGAACUCGGAAUUGGACAACGAUUACGAACGGGUCCGAUGGGUGUUUGGGCGGCGAUUCAUCCGUAUUUGGGUGGUCUUGGCGUAUCAGCUGCAAUUGUAUCAUAUCUCGUCGCCAUGUAUUAUAAUGUCAUUGUUACUUGGUGUUUGUAUUAUCUUUUCAAGUCUUUCACGCUGGAACUUCCGUGGAGUGUUGGUUUUUUUUUUGAAAAUUAGAGGAAAGUUCUGAAUCUCAUCAAAAAUAUUUUUCCAGGAAUGCCCGAAAUACAGUAAUGGAACUGAAAUUGAAGAAUGUGCAAAACAAGGUGAAGCAUCAUAUUUCUGGAAUCACGAAGCUCUUGAAACCACUGAAUCAAUUAGUGAUUUCGGAGGAUUCAAUUAUCAUAUUUUGACAGCUCUUGGAGCAGCUUGGCUUUUGAUUUAUCUUUGUGUGAAUAAAGGGAUCAAAAGUUCAGGAAAUGUUAUGUAUAUUACUGCGAUAUUUCCGUAUAUUGUCACUUUUAUGUUCUUGAUCCGAUCUGCAACGCUUGAAGGAGCUAUGGCUGGAAUCAGUCAUAUGUUCCAUCCUGAUGUGAGUUUUUUGACAAUCUCAUCUCUUCUUUAAAAAAAACUUUUUUUUCAGCUCGCAAAAUUAUUGGAGCCAACAGUUUGGUUAGAGGCAGCAACUCAAAUUUUCUACUCAAUGGGACUUGGUUUUGGGGGAUUAAUCGCUUUCGGAUCAUACAAUCCAUUGAAAAAUGAUUGUAAAAAAGACGCGGUUCGACUGGCUUUGGUCAAUAUUUUCACAUCAAUCUACACAGCUGUCAAUAUUUUCUGUGUCUUGGGAUAUAUGGCAACUCGACAGAUUCAUGCUUGUAUUGAAGAGUUAGUUGAAAUACAUAUUUUCAACAUCAAUGAUUUUUGUGUUCCAGAGACAAAGUUCAUUUGCAUAAACUGUUCCCGGAAGAAUUUCCAUAUUUGUCAAAUGUUACUGAUCGUUUCAGUGAUGAAGAUAUUUUGAAAAUGAUUGAGAAUCGAUGGACUGGAGACUUUACAAGAAUGACAUCUGUUUCAAAAAUGUGCAAUUUCGAGGCAACAAUCUCAAAAGCUGCUGAAGGAACUGGACUCGCGUUUGUUGUUUUCACCGAAGCGAUUCUACAAUUUCCAAUUCCACCAUUUUGGUCAGUUCUAUUUUUCUUGAUGUUACUGAGUCUUGGAUUGGGUUCAAUGUUUGGAACAUUGGAAGGAGUUAUCACAUCAUUAAAUGAUUCAAAGUUGGUGACUCUUCGCAAACCAGUCAUGACUUUCAUUCUUUGUCUUUCUGCGUUUUUGGUUGGUCUUCCUUUUGCUUCAAAAUCUGGACAGGUGAGUAUUUUAGAAAAAGUAGAUCAAAAAUAUUUUUAUUCCAGUAUUGGGUAUCCUUAUUCGACAGUUUUGCUGGAUCCUACGCUUUAAUGUGUGUUGCGUUCCUUGAAAUUGUUGCUGUUUCAUAUGUAUACAAAGAGCAAAGAUUUUCUGAUGAUAUUGAAUAUAUGACUGGAAGUCGCCCUGGUUUAUAUUGGAGAUUCACCUGGAAAAUCGCCACUCCUUUUAUGAUGUUGGUUUUGUUCAUUGCGUCGGUUGCUCAGUUUUUCAAAAAUCCUGCGUUCUAUUUUGCAUAUGAUGCUGCUAAGGUAGAUCAAAAUGUUACAAAAAAAUCUAUAUUAUAAUAUUUUAUCCAGGGUCGCUCGGUGCAAACAGAUUAUCCAAUUUGGGCUAUGUACAUUGCGGUUUUCAUGGUUCUGCUGGCAAUUUCUCCCACUCUCAUCAUCUUAUUCUUGAGAUAUUUCAGAAUAUGGAAAUUUGAGGCAAAUAUCCCAGCGGUAAGCAAAAAUGCACAAUUUUAUUUCAGUAGAUUAUCUGAAUGUUUAUGUUUUUAACUUCAUUUUUUCAUAUUUUUCUUUUUAAAAAACUAAUAUUUUAGAUAGCACAAGUGAAAAAUAUUUUGCAGGUAACCUGGCAUGAUUUAGAGAAUAAUUUGUAUUUACUAUAAUUAUGUAUUUUUAUUUUUUUUUUUCAAUCGUUUCAGAUUUGGGAGAAAACUGGAAAAGUAAAAUUUUUUGGAACAAUGCUUUAAAGCAUAAUAGUUUUCUCCCAAGUCUGAUAUGAUCCAUUUCCUAUCGGAAUGUAUUUUUCAUAAUGUAGACAAUUGUUGAGCAAGGCUGGUUGGAACAGAAUUUUAUCGGACUUUUGGAUUCUCAAUUUUUGUUGCUGGCAUUGAAAAAUUUGACCUUUGGAACCAAAAAUUUUCAUUUCCAAUAUAAAAGAUCAACUUCAGAAUUCUGAAGUUUUGAAUUUCAGAAGAAGAUUUCCGAAAUCCCAAAUUCCCAAUUUCAACCAGCCUCGUUGUUCCUGAUUAAUUUGUAUUCCUAAAAAAAAUCCGAAUUAUAUUCCAGGCUUCGAAAUGUUUGAACACAACACCAUCAACUACCCACAUGUUGAAAAAUGAGCAAUCAUAUAAUCGGAUAAAUGAUUCAACAGUUUCUGUAUCAGAAAUUGACACAUUUAACGCAACCACAAAUGGAAAUGGAUUAUCAGCAAAUCAUCGUCAAUAA